AUGCACCUCCGGCACAUCUGUUCAUACCUUCUCUGGUAUUGCACUCACCAUAAGAGGGAAGCGCUGCUCAACGAAGCGAUUCUAUUGGUCGGCAACACAGUUGUCCUCAACCACGAGAAUCAGGCGCUGUUAGAGUCGGGCCAACGGCCGACUGUCGUCCAGCAGUUGUGUUCGCUGCCCAUCGAGUACUUCAGCGACGAUCGACAGUCACGUGUCGGCGGGAGUCCGACCGCCGGCCAACUCUCUCGGUAUGGCUUUUGUAGUGCCGAACAGCGCCUGACGUUUGCGAAGAGGUUUCCGAAGAAUCGCUGGAAUGAAGCGAAGGACUACUUCGAGGCCCAGACAGAGGCCGACCCAUAG